AUGGAAGACUACCACAAACCAGACCAGCAGACGGUGCAGGCGCUCAGGAACCUCGCCAACCGGCUUCGGAUCAACUCCAUCAAGGCGACCACUGCGGCGGGCAGCGGUCACCCCACAUCAUGUUGCAGUGUUGCAGAGAUCAUGUCUGUGGUCUUUUUUCAUACCAUGAAGUACCGACCUGAAGACCCACGCAACCCCAACAAUGACCGUUUCAUCCUUUCCAAGGGUCAUGCUGCCCCUGUGCUGUAUGCUGUGUGGGCGGAGACGGGCUACCUGAAGGAGAAUGAGCUGCUCAACCUGCGCAAGGUCGACUCCAUCCUUGAGGGUCACCCUGUCCCGAGGCAGCAGUUUGUGGAUGUGGCCACAGGUUCUCUGGGCCAAGGUCUCGGGGCUGCCUGCGGAAUGGCCUACUCUGGGAAGUACUUUGACGAGGCCAGCUACCGGGUCUUCUGCCUGCUGGGUGACGGCGAGCUGUCUGAGGGCUCGGUGUGGGAGGCCAUGGCCUUCGCCUCCUACUACCAGUUAGACAAUCUGGUGGCCAUCUUGGACAUCAACCGGCUAGGCCAGAGUGACCCGGCGCCUCUCCAGCACCACGUCGAGAAGUAUCAACGACGCUGCGAGGCCUUCGGGUGGCAUGCCAUCAUUGUGGACGGACACAGUGUGGAAGAGUUGUGUAAGGUCCUGAAUCAGCCCCGCCACCAGCCACUUGCCGUCAUUGCCAAGACCAUUAAGGGCAAGGGCAUACAAGCGGCCGAGGAUAAGAUGGGCUGGCACGGGAAGCCUCUCCCCAAAGACAUGGCCGAGAGUGUCAUCAAGGAGCUGCAGAGCCGCAUGGUCAGCUGCAACAAACGCCUGUAUCCUUCGCCGCCCGUCGAGGACGCCGCGCCCGUCAGCCUGCGCAACAUCCGCAUGCCCAGUGCACCCAGUUACAAACCUGGAGAGAAGAUUGCCACCCGGAAGGCAUACGGCAUGGCUCUGGCCAAGCUGGGCCGCUACAACGAGCGUGUUGUGGCGCUUGACGGAGAUACCAAGAACUCGACCUUCUCCGAGCUGUUCAAGAACGAACACCCCAACCGUUACGUGGAGUGCUACAUCGCUGAGCAAAACAUGGUCAGCGUGGCCAUCGGGUGCGCCGUGCGGGACCGCAACGUGGUCUUUGCCAGCACUUUUGCUACCUUCUUCUCCCGGGCUUACGACCAGCUGCGCAUGGCCGCCAUCUCUGAGAGCAACAUCAACCUGUGCGGAUCCCACUGCGGCGUCUCCAUUGGAGAGGACGGUCCCUCUCAAAUGGGUCUGGAGGAUCUGGCCAUGUUCAGAGCCAUUCCCGGGGCCACCGUCUUCUACCCUAGUGACGGUGUCUCCACUGAGAAGGCUGUGGAGCUUUCGGCUAACACGAAGGGUCUGUGUUUCAUCCGAACAAGCCGCCCAGAGAACAACAUCAUCUAUAACUGCAAUGAGGACUUCCAUGUUGGACAGGCUAAGGUUGUGUACAAAACCAAUGACGACCAUGUGACCGUCAUUGGCGCGGGGGUGACCCUCCACGAAGCGCUGGCGGCCGCCGAACAUCUGAAAAAAGAGAGAAUUAACAUCCGCGUGAUUGACCCGUUCACCAUUAAACCUUUGGACUCCAAGACCAUCAUUGACAACGCUAGGGCCACCAGGGGGCGCAUCAUCACCGUGGAAGAUCAUUACUAUGAAGGUGGUCUCGGCGAGGCAGUGUGCUCGGCGGUGGUGAAUGAAAGCGGCUUCAGUGUGCACCGCCUGGCCGUGUCGCAGGUGCCCCGCAGCGGCAAGCCUCACGAGCUGCUCCAGAUCUUCGGCAUCGACCGCGACGCCAUCAUUCAGGCCGUCCGCAAGGUGCUCAGCGGCGCCGCCAACGCCAAGUGAGGCCGGACGGGUGGAGGGGCGCCCCGGUGAAGGUGAACUCUUGUCUUUUCGUCAUGAUGACAACCAACGCAUAAGGGGAGUGAAGGCUCCAGUCCUCAUAAGAUGCCCCUUUACAUUAAAAAAAAAAAUUUAAAAAGCAAUUCAUGUUGUUUAACACCCAAACCCAAUUCUGUUGGCGCACACACGCACAAAUGUACAACCCCUCCUUGCCCCCCUCCCCUGAGAAAGUUCUGAUACUGCUGUAGUGUGGACGUGAAAGAAGUCAAGUGAUGUUUUGUUUUUCAAUUGUUUUUGUGGAACCCCUCGCUUCUUGGGUGCGACGCCACACCCACUCUCAAUUGUAAGCCCCACCCACUAGUGGCAACCGUGGUUUGUUUCAGAGCACCAAUUGUUUUUAAACCCUUUUUUGCCCUCACUUGCGACAGGAUGGCCUCACACCAAUAAAAGGUUGCUUUCUUCACAAUA